UGUGAUACUAAGGCAAAAGAAGCAUAUUGCUAACUUCUUUGAGUAGACAGCUGAUGUAGCUGGAAGAGGUCAGGCCAACUUGUGGCCCACAACCCUUUCUUCAGGUCUUUAACUCAUCAGUGAGAUAAUAGAGAACAACUAAAAAGACCUUUGAAAAUGCUGCAGAUAUCGUGUCUCCCAACUGUGUGUGUCUUUCUUCUGCUUCUCCUGUGCUUCCCUGGCCAAAAUGAAAUUACUCUCUGUAGAAAGAGUGGAAGCUGUUUUCCCAGUAAUUCAACAUGAACUGUAUCUGUACCAUUAAGCUUGACAGGGGAGCUCACUACUGGAUAGAAAUGGCUAUUGAUAUUUACUAGGGGCUUUAUUAUUGAAGGUGAAGAAAAUGAACAGUCAGCAGACGUUAUCAGUGUCUGGGAAGGAGACUCCAUCAGCAUAACUUGCUCAAUGAAAGUUUCAGAAAAUGAAGUGGGAACAUACUUGAGAACUAGCAUACAGCCAAUCAAUGUGAUAUAUGUUUCCAAGCUGAAUACUUCAUAUAUCUUUCCUGCUUUGGCUAAUCGCACCAAGUAUUCAAUGGAAGGAGGGAAUCUCAGGAUAACUCUGCACAAUGUACAGGAAUCUGAUUCCAAUAUCUACUUAUGCAUUAAGUUUGUUAAAAGCAAAGACCACCACAAAACGCUGAGUGGGAAGACAACCAUAGUACUGGUAAAAGCUAGAACCAGUGGAGUUAUUGAACAGUCACCGCUCUACGUCAAUCCUCAGCAAGGCCAGUCGAUCAACAUCACCUGUGCGUUGAAAAGCUCGCAGGAAGAUGAAGAGAUCUACUUGCUCAAGACUCGCGUGCAGCCUGAAAGAGUGCUAUAUAUUUCAAAUCAGACCACAAGUAUUUCUCCUGGUUUUGCUAAUCGCUUGGAGUAUUCAAAGGAAGAACAUAAAAUAGUGAUAACUCUACACAACCUAAGGAAAAAUGACAGUGAUAUAUAUGUAUGUGCUGUGGUGAUGGAAAAUUUCUCUUCCAUCUCAGCAGACGGCAGUGGCACUAUGCUGUUGAUUAAAGAAGCGGAGCAGACAGACUGCAGUAGUAGUUCCUGGGGCAUCUAUACUUUUAGCAUCCUGGUAGCGCUACUGUUUUCUGCACUGAUAUGCUGCAGCUUGUAUCAUGUCAAUAUGAAGAAAUAUUUCCAGAAAAGAAAACCAAAUGUAGUAUAUGAAGAUAUGUCUUACCGUUCUAGAUGUAACACCUUGGUGAAAACCAAUGCUUACAUCAUUAACGAUUAAGCUUCUGCCAGCUGGGACCAUAUGGGGAUUGACCAUUCCUUUACAGGUCUCUGAGAGCUGCCUUAGCAAGCUGAUGCGCUAGCAGAACCAACAAGCUGAACUAUCACCUGCCUUCUUCAGCGGAAAGAAAAAACUGCCUCAUUUCCAAAGCUGUUUCUGCUUUUUUGAUCACUUGUAAAUUUUUGUUGUUUGUUUUUGGGGUUUUUUUAAUGUCUAGAAAAUGUAGAGAAAUGUAGGUAUCCUGUACAUGUGUCUGCAGUUUAGUAUGGAAUGCAGAAUUUUUGGACUAUAUAUUUGGCUAGAUGCAACAUAUGGAGUUAUUUGAUUGAUAAAUAACCAUGUCAGGGAAGGUGGGAUAGAUGGAGAGGUCUGGUUCUGAGCUUGCUUUCUUCUGGUCUGGUGCUCAGAAAGACCAUAACAUGCCUGUUCAAUAAUACACAAUGCAUCCACAUAUGAAUGGAUUACAGUUUUCUUAUGAAUCUUUGUGGGUCUGUCCAAGAGCUCAGGUAGCUAAGACUACUCAUAGAAUCAUAAAAUCAUAGAAUCAUUAGGUUGGCAAACACCCUUGAGAUCAUCAAAUCCAACCAUUAACCCAGGGCUUCGAAGAGUUACAGAGAAGAAAUCUAUUCUGAAGAGACCUCAGAAACUUUGUGGCAGAGUGAGUUAUCAGUGACGUGGGCUUACCUGGACAAAUGUCAGUAACGGCCCUAGGGACGUGCAGUCAAGUUUAGAUUUUGAAUGACUGCCUCUGUCAGAGAUAGUGGCAUGACUGGUAUGGGUCUUGAUGUGGCUGACAUACAAAAUUACUAGAUUUGGGGCAUGGCAGCUUUUUGGGACAGCAGAAAUAUCUGUGAUGGGCUGCUGUUGUCUCAAGCUCCAGAUGUCUUAGGACUACAGAGCAGGACGUAUUCCUCCAGGUCAGUGACUCCACACCGUACAGUACCAGGGGAACUAAUCUGGGACAAAGCCUGCGUUCCAAUCUGGCCAUGGGUGAGUCUGAUCCAAAAUCACUCUUACCAUGGGAGUUUAUCAAAAACUCACAUCAGGUAAGUAGGAACUAAAUUUGGUUUAGUAAUGGCUUAGAACAGGUCACUAUGGUGGGCUUAACUUUACUCUAGCUAAGGAAGGGCUACAGUUUUUUUCAGGGGUGCUUUGGUUUCACAGAGCCAUGGCCGCUGUGCAAAGUCAGCAAUCUUGUGUGCCCAGAGGAAUAUCAGCUUGCCCUGUUCUGAGGCAGGAUUGAUGGGGUUGGCUUGUGGAUUCUGGGGUCAGGCUGAAACUAGAAUUUUUCUUUUUUGAUGUAUUUGUUUAGUUCUUUGAGGGAUUAGGGCCGGUUUGCUGUUGAUGAGUGCGUGGCUGGAGAAGAGCCUGGCACAGGGGGUCCUCCCUCCCUGGAGGUGAGCUCUGCCCAGAUCUUGGCUGCCCAGCCAAGCCCAUGCUUGGGAGAGCCGUUUCCCUCCGGGCGCGGAAUGCCGUGUGCCAGACCCGAGGGAGAAGCAUGCUCGUCCGGGGGGCUGCUGCAGGGAGGGCUGUGCCCUGUCCAUCGCAGACCCUGCCGUCCUCGUGUAGCUGUCACCAAAUAAAAUCCUCUUUGUGGCUGGGGCUUUGUACAGUUGCUCAAUAUUUUUAUACACAUAUUAAAGACUAUUUCAUAUAUCUUGCAAAUGAA